GCUGCAGCAGGAGAGGCAUCUGGCCAGCCCACAUGCGCCUCCUCCUCCUUCCUCCCAGGAAGCGCCGUGCGUCAAAGCUGCUUUUGGAGAGAUCUCGAAAUCAUGUCUGAGCCAAAGACGAAGCGCAUUUUGGUGACCGGCGGAUCAGGCCUUGUGGGCAAAGCCAUUGAGAAAGUGGUAGCGGAUGGGGAAGGCCGGCCAGACGAGGAGUGGGUUUUCGUGUCCUCCAAAGAUGCUGACUUAACGAAUGCUGCCGAGACCAAAGCGCUCUUUGAGAAGCACAAGCCCACCCACGUCAUUCACUUGGCCGCCAUGGUGGGAGGCCUCUUCCGGAACAUCAAGUACAACCUUGACUUCUGGCGAAGGAACGUUCACAUCAAUGACAAUGUCUUGCACUCCGCGUAUGAGUCUGGAGUUCAGAAAGUUGUCUCCUGCCUUUCCACUUGCAUCUUCCCUGACAAAACCACCUACCCAAUCGAUGAAACCAUGAUCCACAACGGUCCCCCGCACAGCUCAAACUUUGGCUAUUCCUAUGCAAAGAGGAUGAUUGACGUCCAGAACAGGGCUUACUUCGAACAGUUCGGUUGCCGCUUCACUGCCGUCAUCCCCACCAAUGUCUUUGGGCCUCACGACAACUACAACAUCGAGGAUGGCCAUGUCCUCCCGGGGCUCAUCCACAAAGUGUACUUAGCAAAGAAAAAUGGCACAGCUCUUACUGUCUGGGGGACAGGAAAGCCAAGGAGGCAGUUCAUUUACUCUCUGGACUUGGCACGCCUCUUCCUCUGGGUAUUAAGAGAAUACGACGAAGUAGAACCCAUCAUUUUGUCUGUUGGAGAAGAAGACGAAGUCUCCAUACGGGAAGCGGCGGACAGCAUCGUGAGAGCCAUGGACUUCAAGGGAGAGGUCCUUUUUGACGCAACCAAGUCGGACGGGCAGUUCAAGAAAACAGCCAGCAACAAGAAGCUGAAGGCACACCUCCCGGAUUUCAAAUUCACACCUUUUGAGAGAGCCGUGAAGGAAACGUGUGACUGGUUUUGUUCCAACUACGACAUCGCCCGGAAAUGACAACGAGGGACGAAGCCGCUGCGUCUCCCUGAAACGUUGCAUCCAGACUCAGGUCGUCUUUCACUGGAGCCAACGAUGGAGAAUUUGAAAAAGGACUGUUCAGGGUAUUGGAACAGUAGGCUUCAAGGAAGACUCUUUCACUUUCCAAAAACAGACGUAGAUCUUUGAAAAAAGGAGUUGCUUUUAUUUACAAAGCACGACUUCGUAGCUGAGUGGCGGGGCUUACGUUGCUUUCCUAGAAGCAGUUAUGGGAAACCUUGCAAAGGGAUGGAGUUGCGUUGACCGGGGAACCAACCCAACUGGCUCUGCUGCUUGUUUACGUGUCAAAAUAGUCAGGCCUUCCUUGGUGGUUUUUUCCAAAGCGAAGUGCUAUUUUGCCUCAAAUCAUCUACUUUUGGGGAGAUUCCACUCACCUGAAGCCACGGCAAGGAGAGGAAAAAUUUAAUGCACCAAAUCAUUCCAUUCCUUCUUUCUGACCACUGUGAAAACUACAAAAGAAGCACUUGAAUAGAUCUGGGGUGAUUUCAGAAUCUCUGCUCUUUGUUUUCUAUAAAGUUGCUUAGCAAUUAAAGGAGGAAAAAUACAAAAUGGGCCUCAUAUAGAUUUCUUGUUAAUGGGCAGGGCAGAGCUUAGGAGGAUUGCUUUGGGUACUACAACUCCCAGAAUCCCCCCAGCACGUACAGCCACUUGCUGGGAGUUGUAGUCUGAAAGGCAACAUCGUUCGCAAGUUUGAGAGCAAAACGGAGAGGAAAGGGCAUGAAGGUAUACCUUUUUCAGAAGGGAAAUUUAUUUAUGUAUUGUGUCAGGGGCAAAACAAACAGUUGUAUUGCAUUUUUUAACAAUCAAUCAAACAAACAAACAAACAAAACACAAAGUUUGCAAGCUUGGUAGUAGAUUAAAUGUCCUUGGACCAGUAUCUGGGCACUUGGAGUGCCUCUGGUGUUGCCGCAAGAAGGUCCUCCAUUGUGCUCAGGUUGCAUUGCAGCACAUGGUCAGUGGUUUGCUCUUCUCCACACUCGCUUGUCGAGGAUUCCACUUUGUGGCCCUGUUUCUUGAGGUUGGCUCUGCAUCUCGUGGUGCCAGAGCACAGUCUGUUCAGCGCCUUCCAAAUCUCCCAGUUUUCUGUGUGCCCAGGGAGGAGUCUCUCAUUUAGUAUCAGCCAUUGAUUCAGGUUCUGGGUUUGAGCCUGCCAC